CCAAAAACCAUCUAUCUCGUUUUGAAAAUUCAAUCGAGGAGACAAGAAUGGCGAGGGCUCUUGUGAUCAUAAACUGCAUCAUUCUGGCCAUAGGAAACUGUGGAGGUCCUCUGAUCAUGCGUCUCUACUUCAACAAUGGUGGCCACAGGAUUUGGUUCUCCACUUUUCUUGAAACCGCUGGCUUUCCGAUCAUAUUCAUUCCUCUUUUCUUCUCUUACCUUAACCGGCGCAGAAGCAACAGCAAUGAAGGCGAGAAUACACGGUUCUUUCUCAUUAAACCACGUCUCCUUAUGGCUGCGAUUUUGAUAGGGAUCCUCUCAGGGUUUGAUAACUACUUAUACGCAUAUGGCAUAGCUUAUCUCCCGGUUUCAACAGCUGCUCUCAUCAUUGCUUCACAGUUAGCUUUCAUAGCUAUAUUCUCGUAUUUCAUGGUCAGCCAUAAGUUUACUCCAUUUACCAUCAAUGCUGUUGUGUUGUUGACUGUUGGAGCUGCUGUAUUGGGAAUGCAUACGGAAACUGAUAAGCCGGUUUACGAGACUCACAAGCAGUACAUGGUUGGGUUCUUGGUGACUGUAGCAGCCGCUGUUAUGUAUGCAUUUCUAUUGCCGUUAGUGGAACUUGCUUACCAGAAAGCUAAGCAACCCAUGAGCUAUACGCUUGUGCUUGAGGUUCAGAUGAUUUUGUGUUUCCUUGCUUCUUUAGUCAGCCUCAUUGGCAUGCUCAUCGCUGGUGAUUUCAAGGCCUUACCAAACGAAGCAAGAGAGUUCAAGCUUGGAGAGGCAAUGUUCUAUGUGGUGGCUGUACUUUCAGCCAUAAUAUGGCAAGGGUUCUUCUUAGGAGCCAUUGGUUUGAUCUUCUGCGCAUCUUCUCUUGUCUCUGGUAUAAUGAUAUCAGUACUUUUGCCCAUCACAGAGGUUUUAGCUGUUAUUUUCUACCAUGAGAAGUUCCAAAAAGAGAAGGGUCUUUCUCUUGCUCUGUCCCUUUGGGGUUUUGUCUCUUAUUUUUAUGGUGAGAUCAAAGCCGACAAGGAUAAAAGAAUACAAGAGGAGGCACAACUGAAUUCUUUGCCUAGAAGAACGAGAAGUACUGAGUGUUAAAACUUAAACACAUGAGCUUAGAAGGACAUCAUAAAGGUUUUAUUACUUCAUUUCAUCCCUGUUAUACUGUUAUUAGAUUAGAGGAUAUUAAACAGCUUGGAACUAUAUG